AUAAUUUUGAUAGUCUUAAUAAAUUCCCAUGCAUUAAUUGUGAAUUAACUCCUGUCAGGUGACAAGGAUAGAUUAUAGUCAAGAUCAAGUUACUAUAUACACCAAAAAUGGUUCACUAUUCACUGCAGAUAAGGUUAUUGUUACCUUACCAUUGGCUGUUUUAAAGUCUGAGAUGGUUGAAUUCACCCCAAAACUUCCCAUAGAGAAAAAAAAUGCAAUAGCCAACCUUGGAGCUGGUCUCAUAGAAAAGGUUGCUUUGAAGUUUUCACGGAAUUUCUGGAGUAAGAAAACUGGUGGUUCAGAUUUCUUUGGGCGUGUUCCGUCAUCUAGUAGUAACAGAGGAAGUUGUGGGAUUUUUUAUGACUUAAGUAGAAAAUCGACCCCUAAGAAGAGUCAUGUUCUUAUGACAGUACUAACAGGAGAGCUGGCACUMCAAGCGUCAAGUAUGAGUGAUAUACAAAUAGUUCAGCAUGUGUUAGAUUUACUAAAAGGACUGUUUCCUGGUGAGACAAUGCCAAAGCCAGAUAAAUACAUAGUAAGUCAUUGGGGGCAGGAUCCCUAUUCUGGUAUGGCCUAUUCAUUUGUUCCUCUUGGUUCCACUGGACAAGAUUAUGAUGAGAUUGCUAAAUCCCUAGAAGACAAGUUAUUCUUUGCAGGAGAGGCUACAAAUCGACAAUUUCCACAGACUGUAACUGGAGCAUAUCUCAGUGGGAUUAGAGAAGCAGAAAAAAUACUCAUGAAAAAGUUUGAAGAAGAAGAAGGUUUUCUAUAGUAUUUUUUAAUGAAAGCCGUCGUUGGCCUUGCCCUCCGCCGCAGCCAGAACUAACAGUACCUUCCUUCUCGGGCUUUAUUUUCGCCACUUUGCUAUCGCGCAACUAAAAUCGUACGCGGGUAAGCAGCCCGAUUGUUGCGGCGAAUUUGCAGGCUGGGGUUGUCUCACAACUUUGGUUUUUGCGUGCAGCGUACGUAACUCGUGUAUAUAUACUUUUCUUUAUGCAUUGCCUCAACUUGCAACGCCAUUGCGAAGUGUAUCUCAAGCCACUGUCACACAUGCCAUUAGAGCAUGGAGUGCAAAUCCUAUUUCUAAUGUCCGCCAUCUUGAAUUGGAUUUCCCAGCUUACCUCGGCUAAAGAGAUAGUGGCAAACAGGGCUGUUAUUUUCUCGGCAGCUUAUAUCACAACGGCGCUGCAAGACAAGUUGCUUUAAAAACUGCCCAGUGUAACAGCACCAUAGUAUCGUGUGUUAUCAGUAAGCGUGUUAUACUUAAGGAAUAUAAAACGACGCGUGUCUGUUCUCAGAUAUAUACCCAGACACGAUGCGAGUUGAAAAACACGAGAGAAGCUUCGAGUGCCACCGUGUUUACAUCAGAGGACAGAGACACAAGCGGUCGUUUUAUAGUUCUUUUAUACAAUUUUUAAUUCUGCGUUUUUUGAGAGAUAAAACAAAUUUUGCCGGUAAGCCGUGUCACUUUCCUCUGAUAUAAACGCGGUCGUCAGUCAAUCAGAGCGUGCGUUAUAUAUCAAAAAUUUUACAAAAUGAUUUUUGAGACGUCAAGAUGUUUGAGAUUGGAAUGAUAUUGAUUUUGUAAGAGUAGACCAUUUCUGUGAGAAACUAUUCCUUUCAAAAACAUCACAAGUAUUUUCGAUCACUGUUCCACAACUCGCUUAUAUAUUUUCUCGAAAAUACCUCAUUUCCAUGUUUGCGACUGCGAUAUCUUUUGAAAGCGCCCGCGAAUAUCAGAAAUCGUCUUUGGUAUAAAUAUUAUAUUGAUCCUAGUGUAAUUUUGUGAACACGCAUUAUGAAUAUACAAGCAAAAAAGUUUAAUUCUUGUUUUGCUAUUUUCAAAACAAAUUGAAUAUAUUGUUGAAAGUUACUGUUGCUUGCUCGAAAAAAAUCGGAAAAAAACCGAAAAGAAAUUAAAAGAAAACCUUAAUUUGCACAGUGUUGAUGUAAAUAUGAUAAUUCUUAUUGAAAUACGAAAUAAAUCGUUUAUUAUAAACACGUUGUUAACAUUUUUGGUCGAAAUAAAAUAAGGCAUUCAGGUCGACAAAGGUUCUUUUUUAUAUACAGCUUACUUAUUUCUAAAUUGGAUAUGAAUUGUUUCUCAACGUUCGGGAUAUCGUUUU